CUAACCCAGGCGCACGUUUGUAGUGAUGAAGAGUGGGAGACGUUAUUCUGCACAGCUACUGCACAGCUGUCUUACUGAGCCGUGACCGUGACACGUUACACCUCUCACGUUCCAGCUAAGGUGCAGCUGCCUGCUAAUCUGCACAAAUGGUUCAGAAUUAAACGUAACCAAAGUUAGAUAUAGUACGCGCAAUAAAACUCGUCGCACGAAUCCCGUUAACAAACACUGAAUUAUCUCGGGUUUCAGAGUCUCGUUUGCAGCGCUCGAUAUAGUCUCUAGUUAUAUUUAACCGUGUGCCGUCUGAAGGCUACAGCCUACGGGCUUCUCUUAACUCAGGCUGCUGGAAAUUCAGUUUGUUUUGGCAAAGAUAAUCCCGAAAACUCUCGCUUUUCUCUGCUAGGUUUGCCUUUCUAGAAACGGAUCAUGGGUGACAACAAUCUGCGCUGCUAAUCUGGCGCGUAACUGACCAAGGGGAUGCCAAAGGCAACGCGUAAAACCUGAAGAGCUCGCGUCUCGGAGAACCUGUCUCGGGAGCUGAGGGCGUACCACCGCGCUCGAGCCACGCACUUUCGAAUGAACCCACGCGGGAGCGUUGGACUGAGAUGCGCGUGCAGACGGAUCGUGUUGCUCAUCACGAUCAGACGACGCCAACACGUGGUGGCUGUCAGGUCGCGCUAGCUCUGUCCCGACAUUAGUCGCGGGCUACACUCCGGAGACACGUGACUAGUUCCCAACCCGAGCGGAGGUUUUGUUCGUGCGCUCCGUUCUCCAGGACGCACUUGGCUGGAAAUGGGAUCAAAGGGAACGUUUGCGCUGGUAUUACUGGGAGCGCUAAUGGCUUAUUAUGUCUACUUGCCCCUUCCCGAGGACAUCGAGCAGAGAUGGAAGCUAAUGCUCACGGACUGUGCUUUCAGAAGUCUAAGCCACCUGGCCGACAUCUGUGAGUCUCUGGGACUGAAGGACUACAUGGGCGUGAUGAUGCUCGUCACAUUUGCUGAGCGGGUGGUGCCGCAGUCAGAUGAGCGCGUGCGGGUGGAGGACGAGCGGUUCGAUGGCGUGGAGGUGGUGGUGUAUCAGCCCAGGCGUGACGUCUGUGCCGGGGAGAGGAGGAGAGCCGUCAUCUACCUUCACGGGGGAGGAUGGUGUCUGGGAAGCACCAGAAUGGGUCCCUAUGAUAGCCUUGCCAGAGAGAUGGUUACAGAGCUCAAUGCAGUUGUAGUUUCUGUAGAGUACCGCCUUGCCCCUGCGCACCGUUUCCCUGUCCCGUUCGAAGAUGCAUACCGUGCGGCGAAAUACUUCCUUAGUGCCGAUGUCCUGGGCAGCUACGAUGUGGACCCCGAGCGGGUCGCCGUGUCCGGAGACAGCGCCGGCGGCAACCUGGCAGCCGUCGUGGUGCAGCAGCUGCAGCUGGACGUGGAGCAGCGUAUCAAACCGAAGGCCCAGGCUCUGAUUUACCCAGUCCUGCAAGCUCUGGACCUCAACACCCCAUCGUACCGGCAGAACCGGCACAUGCCCAUCCUGCCGCGCACCCUGAUGGUGCGCUUCUGGAGCGAGUAUUUAUCCAGCGACAAGUCCGUCCUCCUCUCCAUGCUGGCCAACGCCCACAACGGGCCAGACUCCGCCCCCUUCCUCAGGUUUGCCAAUUGGAGCGUCUUCCUGCACGAGUCCCACCGGCGGACGUAUGAUUACGUGGCUCCGCCCGUGAAUGAGGGUGAGCUCCCCGGCGCCCUGGCUCGUUCCGUCACCGACCCCCGGGCAUCGCCCCUGCUGGUGCCCGACGCCGCUCUGCGCCCGCUGCCCAAGGCCUACGUGCUCACGUGCGAGUAUGAUGUGCUGCGUGACGACGGCAUGAUGUACGUCGAGCGCCUGCGCCUCGCCGGGGUCCACGUGACGCACCAACACUACCCCGCCGGUUUCCACGGCGCUCUCAUGUUCACUGUGUGGCCCACCGACUUCAGAAUCGCACGGCAGAUGGUGAACGACUAUCUACUGUGGCUCAAGCAAAACCUGUAAAUCAGAGCAAACGGAAAUACCGUCACAGGCAAAUACCAUCACGGUCAAUUACUGUCACAGGCAUUUUUUCCUGCUAUCAGGCUGGAUAUUUCUUUUUCAACUCUGUGUACUUGAUUUACAUUGUUUACAUACAUGCUGCAGACAGUUUGGAUAUUAUUUUCCGGAUAUAGAGUGGAUUGCCACAAUAUUCUCACUGCCAGUUCUAAUUUCAACUAUACCAUAACCAUGACAAAAAAAGGGGUUUUGUAUAUCUAACACCAGCCUGUUAACUGAUGUCAGGGCACAGGUUAAAGUGUCAGUUGUUCACUGAUAAUGAGCCUUUUUCACGCUCAGUACUGAUAUCAAACUUUGUUUGACAUUGCUGGUUAGACAGAUAGACGAGCAGUAAAAAGUCAGCUGGUGUUUCAUGUUUGAUUUCAUCUCUCAGCCAUUUAGACUGAGUUUCAGACAGAAACUUGUUUUUCUGAGAUGUUUUAAGGUGAUGAAAUUAUAUUUCAAAUGGGAAAAAAAGCUUUUUUAUUUAAAUAUCCUUUGUGUUUAAAAAAAUCUGGAUUCAAGCUGUUGGCUUUGGAGAAUUUUUCUCUGUGUGGCCUUAGUGUAAAAUUACACUUCUGUCUGGUCUCCCUACACAUCUCUGUCACAAGGUGCCUUUCGGAGUGUGUGUCGGGGAACAUGGCCUUUAAUAUUAACAUAUCUCCGCAUCACUGUGGCUGAGAUAUGGACUCAUGUACUUCAUACUAGGUCCUGAAAACACUGUAGAGGAACACACUCACUGAAUUAAAACCCCUCCCAUCUACACACACAUACUCACUGCCCUUACUGAAUUUCAGGAACAAAAAUCGUAUAUAUUACUCUUGCAUGCAUGCCAAUAUAAAAUUGUUCAACCCUAUUAUUUUUUCCUCUUUUCUCCAGCAAAUGCGUUUGUAAGCCCAGACUGGUAACAGUGGUCCCUGCUUUUAGGGCGUGUUAUCUUCCCAGUCCUGUAGCCCUGCAUACGGAAAGGUCAGUUUGCUCAUAACCAGGGCUGACGCAUUUCCUGUGGGAUAAGGAGAGGAGGGGUCACCCAGAGGAGAAGCAGCCUGAACACGUGAGGCACGUCCUCCUCCGGCACCCUGCACAGCCGUAAGGCCAUCAGGCACGGCUGGGGAUGAAGCUCGAUAUUACUGCACUGUUUGCAAUUAUGAGAUCAGGCUUGGUUUUGUUUUGUUUUGUUUUUGUAGGACCUGCAAAUAUUGCAUUCAUUUUCCAAAGGGCUCUCUGUAAAGGAGGCUACAGGAGGCCUUAAUAAAUGCUGUGAAAUGUGAUCUCCGUUAUCAUGUUUGUCAUGACACCAAAGGUGUGUGCUGAGCAAAGUCUGAUCCGUGUGUGUGAAACUUUGCUCGGUGCCGUUUAGACGUGUCAUGCUGUAAUGACACGUGAUCAGAGGUGAGCCAAAAGCUGUACUCCUGUAUAUGUAUUUUUACUACAAAAUAAUAAUUACUCACGUAGAAGUAAAGAUAGCCAUUUAAACUGUUACUUAUAAGUCUUUAAUAAAAAGCCUUUUCAAGUG